UGACGUCUGUUAUUACAUGUCAAAUUGACCAUGAAUAAAGGCUUACACUGUACAUAAACAACAUUCGCUCAACUGUUACACCGGAACGUUCAAACAUCAUAAAAGAUCUACGGAAGAAUUUACCAACGGACCUUUCGGUCCCUCGAUUAUUAUCUUCCGACUCCUGCAGGAUGAGCUGACAGAUGUUAUGAAAUGGGUAAAGGCCACAGGUCGGGAAAUUUCUGACUGUAAACCUGAUGACUUUAUUAUGGUUUUAGUGUGAUAAACAGCAGAGUUUCAGGAUGCACCCCCAGGUUCUCUGUAGCGGCUCUUCGGCGGCCGUGGCUGCCCGCAGAGUGAGGAAUAUUCUGGGUGCUGUUCUGGGGAGAGACGGCUGGAUGUGGAGAACACAUGAGGUCAAACUUCUCAACACAUCUGCAGGCGACACAGUGAAGAUAGGAGAGAUCUCUUACAAACUCAAAACACCCAAGAAUCCCGAGCUUGUCCCGGUCAAACAUGUUUCAGACUCCCUACCUCAGACGAUAGCACAGCACCUGAGAUGGAUUAUGCAGAAGGACCUUUUGGGACAGGAUGUGUUCCUCAUCGGUCCCCCAGGACCCCUCAGACGGUCCAUUGCCAUGCAGUACCUCGAGUUGACCAAACGGGAGGUAGAAUACGUGGCUCUGUCCAGAGACACCACAGAGACUGACCUGAAACAGAGGAGAGAGAUCCGCUCAGGGACAGCCUUCUACAUCGACCAGUGUGCUGUAAGGGCAGCUACACAAGGUCGAGUCCUGGUCCUGGAAGGGCUGGAGAAGGCUGAGAGGAAUGUCCUGCCUGUCCUAAACAACCUCCUGGAGAACAGAGAGAUGCAGCUGGAGGAUGGACGCUUCCUGAUGUCAGCAGAGAGAUACGACAAGCUGCUGCAGGAUCACACCAAAGAGGAGCUGGAUCUCUGGAAGAUUGUCCGUGUGAGUGAGGACUUUCGGGUCAUCGCCCUUGGCCUUCCUGUCCCCAAGUACAAGGGCAACCCUCUGGAUCCUCCUCUCCGCUCCCGCUUCCAGGCUAGAGACAUCUAUUACCUACCAUUCAAGGACCAGCUGGAGUUGUUGUAUUUGGUAGGACCAAACAUCCCUGCAGAAAGGGUGUCCCAGCUGCUGUCAUUUGCCACCACACUUUGCUCCCAGGAAUCAUCCAGCCUCGGUCUGCCUGACUUCCCUGUGGAUAACCUGAUUCCUGCUCUCCAUGUGCUGAAUUCUUUCCCAAUGCUGUCGUCUCAGCAGCUCAUCCACAGACUUUACCCUUACAGCAGCAUCCUGGGUAAGGAAGGGCGCACCGCUGUGGAGGGUGUUCUCAGCAGAUUUGAGCUCUUGGAUGGUCGUAGUCAGCCGCCACUUGGGGCUAUUUCAACCAUUUCCAAGACGGCGGAUCUUGAAGGUCAUGCAGAUGUCAUAUUACAUGUUGCUGACAAGGACAUCACCUUUCAGGUCCCAUCAGGCACUAAGGAGCUGCAUCCGCCAAACAGCAACCCCACCUUCAUCAGCACGCCGAGCCACACCCGGUUGCUGUCUGAGAUGAUGCAGUCUCACAUGGUGAAGGACAUCUGUCUGAUUGGAGCAAAGGGAUGUGGAAAGUCAGUGAUUGCCAGAGAGUUCGCUGAGAUGCUUGGAUACAGCAUCGAGCCAGUCAUGCUCUAUCAGGACAUGACGGCCAGAGACCUUCUUCAGCAGAGGUACACGCUCCCUAAUGGAGAUACAGCUUGGAGGCCAUCACCACUCGUCACUGCUGCCAUAGAAGGAAAGCUGCUGCUCCUGGACGGCAUCCACAGGGUCAACCUGGGGACACUGGCUGUCCUGUCCAGGUUGCUUCAUGACAGGGAGCUGGAUUUGUACGAUGGGACCAGGCUGCUGAGGUGGGACAGAUACCAGACACUGAAGGAACAACUGCAAUUCACUGAUGAGCAGCUUAAAGAGAGGUCAAUCUUUCCCAUCCACCCGUCAUUCAGGGUGCUUGCCCUUGCUGAGCCACCCGUUGUGGGUGCUGGUGCCAGUGCCAGCAGCAGCAAAAACCAGCAGUGGUUGGGUCCUGAGCUGCUCACCAUGUUCCUGUACCACAAUGUCACCCCGCUUGCCAAAGCAGAGGAGAUGGGCCUCAUUCAGGGACUGACGCUGAAUGUUCCAACAGAUGCAGCAGAGCAGCUUUUGCAUCUCACCCACAGCCUCCGCAACACAAACGACCCCACAGCACAGUCUCUGGCUUCGUCUCUCUCCACCAGACAGCUCCUGAGGAUCUGUCGUCGACUCUCUCAGUACCCUGAGGAGAGCAUCGCUCACGCUGUCAACAAGGCCUGUCUUUCCAGGUUCCUGCCCAGCCUGGCCCGAGCCUCUCUUGAAAAAAGCCUUGCCAAUUGCUCCAUACAGGACACGCCAGAUCCCAGUGAACACACUCGUGACCUCAGCUGUUCGAUAAAGGACGGCAUGUUGACCAUUGGUAAAGUCUCUGCCCCCGUCUACAACCCCAAUGAGAAAAUGAAAGUCCCGGACGUCCUCUUCUAUGAUAAUCCUCAGCACAUGAUGGUGAUGGAGGACAUGCUGAAAGACUUUCUCUUAGGAGAGCAUCUCCUCUUGGUGGGCAACCAGGGCGUGGGUAAGAAUAAAAUAGUGGACCGCUUUCUGCAUCUUCUGAACAGGCCAAGAGAAUACCUGCAGCUGCACAGGGAUACGACGGUUCAGACUCUGACCCUGCAGCCGUCAGUCAGAGACGGCAUCAUCACGUACGAAGACUCUCCUCUGGUGAAGGCAGUGAAGAUGGGUCACAUACUGGUGAUUGAUGAGGCAGACAAAGCUCCAACUAACGUCACCUGCAUCCUCAAAACCCUGGUGGAGAGCGGAGAGAUGAUUCUGGCUGAUGGACGCAGGAUCAUCUCAGAUCCUCAUGAAGCCAAAGGGAGACCCAACACCAUCAUCAUGCACCCGGACUUCAGGAUGCUGGUUCUAGCAAACAGACCUGGUUUCCCCUUCUUGGGGAAUGACUUCUUUGGAGCUCUUGGCGACAUUUUCAGCUGCCAUGCCGUGGACAAUCCAAAACCUCUGGCGGAGCUGGCGAUGCUGAAACAGUAUGGCCCUGACGUUCCUGAUACCACACUGCAGAAACUGGUGGCUGCAUUUGGAGAGCUGAGGUCAAUGGCCGACCAGGGCACCAUCACUUACCCUUACUCCACCCGAGAGGUAGUCAACAUCGUCAAACACCUGCAGAAAUUCCCAGAUGAGGGUCUCGCCAACGUGGUGCGAAACGUCUUCGACUUCGACUCUUACAACAAAGACAUGCGGGAGGUUCUCAUCGAAGCUCUGCACAAACACGGGAUUCCGAUUGGAGCCAAGCCCACCUCUGUCAACCUGGCUAAGGAGUUGCCACUGCCAGAGAUCAAGAUGACCGGGUACUGGACCAUAAACCAAGGAGUCAACGCUCGCCGCAAACUGCUUUGUCCCACCGAGACGCACCCCAUUGACAUCAAGGGCCCGGUGUUUCUGCGUGUGCAGAGUUAUCCAUGUAACAGACAGGAGAGUCGAGCUCUCAGCUUCAGUGAGGAGAAAUCCCACUGGCAGAUUCCCAUGAAUGAAGUCAACAUCAUCUGUGAUGUCACCACCAAAGAUGACACACUCUUUGUUGCCACGUGCAACCCAGUGUCGCUGUUCUCCAUGAAGGAGCGAGGGGAGACGAUUCGGUGUAUGGAGCUUUAUGACGUCUUUCCACGGACCAUCAGCGGAGUCUGGCAGCCGUUUGUCACCAUAGCUCCACUCGGGAGUCCUCUGGAUGGACAAGUGGUGCUGCACGAGGAGCAGAGUAACACAGUUCUCCAUCUGGACAUGGAAACCGGCGCCGUGCGGAGGCUCAUGUUGUCCCCGGAGAGCGAUCCUCCCUCCACCCGAGCAUCGAGCUGGUGGAGCAGCAAAGAACAGCAGGGAGGUCACAAAAUGUGUCGUGACUUCGCCCACAAAAACUGGCUUCUCUUCUAUAAGGAGGACGGCAACCAGCUGGAGGUGCUGGACGUACUGGAGGGUCAGGUUCACUCUAUCUCUCUCCCCAUCAACCUGAAGUCUGUUUUCCUGGUGGCUGAGGAUCGCUGGCUACUGCUGGAGAGCAACACCAACAAGAAGUUCCUGCUCACUAAGCCCAUGCACAUGGCAGCCGAGGAGUCUGGAGUGUGUCAGCUCCACAGCAUCAGCGAGGACCUGGUCAGCUCAGGACAUGGAGUAAGCGCAGCUGAGGUCACCAUACCCCAGAUGUUGUCAUGUGAUCAGCUGCCAAACGAAAACCUCAGCGCAGCCCUGGACCAGAAGAUCGUUUCACCAAACCGAGUCCUGGCAGACACUGGCUCAUAUGCACAAAUCAUUGUUGGCUUCCCAGACCUGGUGUCCCCUAAUGAGGUCUACAGCUUUAAGAGACCUGCUGAUCUGUCAACGAUGAAAAGCAGUGACACCGGCCCCCACAUGUUCCUCAGAGGAGGUAUACGCUCCAGCUCAGCCAAGCGGGAGAACUGCGUCAGUCUGCUUUCAGCCAAUCAGGUGGUCCGAGCCCUCCCACCCAGCAAGGUCCCUCUGAAGGAGGUCUUCCCUAAAGACGUCACUCCCCCGAUGACGGCGGCGUACCUGGAGGUGACCGAUCUGAACUCCAAAAAAGUCAAAUAUAUUCCCGUCCCGAGGUCCAUGUCUGUGUCUCCGUACACCAGCUGGCUGUCUAAAGUGUCAGAGUCAGACGUGCUCAUGGCUGCUCUGGGUUCUGGAGGUGUAGUCACAGUCGAUAUGGGCGGGUACAUGCGGCUCUGGGAGACAGGAUUGGACACCCUGCAGCGCUCGCUGAUGGAAUGGAGGAAUAUGAUUGGAUCAGAAGACGGUAGACCGGUUCAGAUCACCAUCCAGAGGGACAGUGGCUUGGACGUCACUGCCCCAAAACAUGGCAAGAUCGACCCCAACAAUGCUCCUCACGUCGGGGGGAACCAGUGGGCGGGAGGCACAGGCGGCAGAGACACGGCAGGCCUUGGUGGUAAAGGAGGUCCGUAUCGUCUGGAUGCAGGACACAAAGUCUACCAGAUUUCCCAGGCUGAGAAAGACGCUGUUCCUGAAGAGAUCCGCAGAGCUGCACGAGAAAUGGGUGAAAAGGCCUUCAAAGAAAGGUUGAAGGAGAUCGAUAUGAGCGAGUACGACGCCUCGACAUACGAGCGAUUCUCCAGUGCCGUCAGAAGACAAGUUCAGUCUCUACGAAUCAUCCUUGACAGCCUACAGGCCAAAGGGAAGGAGCGUCAGUGGCUUAAGAACCAGGCUCUGGGAGAGCUGGACGACUCUAAAAUCAUCGAUGGUCUGACAGGAGAGAAGGCCAUUUACAAACGCAGAGGAGAGCUGGACCCAGAGCUGGGCAGUCCUCAGCAGAAGCCCAAACGCCUGCGUCUGUUAGCCGAUGUUUCAGGUAGCAUGUACCGCUUUAACGGCGUGGACGGCCGACUGGAGCGCUCCAUGGAGGCCGUGUGUAUGGUCAUGGAGGCUCUGGAGAGCUAUGAGCACAAGUUCAAGUAUGACAUUGUGGGACACUCAGGCGACGGUUACGACAUCGAGCUGGUCAGAGCAGAUAAAGUCCCCAAAAACAACAAGCAGAGACUCAAAGUACUCAAGAUGAUGCAUGCACACGCUCAGUUCUGCAUGAGUGGCGACUACACUUUGGAGGGCACCGAUGCCAGCAUCAAGGAGCUGGCACGAGAAGAAGCCGAUGAGCACUUUGUGGUUGUGCUCAGCGAUGCCAACCUGGAGCGCUACGGUAUCCGACCUGAGCGCUUUGCCCAGGUCCUGACAUCUGACCCGCAGGUCAAUGCCUUCGCCAUCUUCAUUGGAUCUCUCGGCGACCAGGCUGAAAGACUCCAGAAGACUCUCCCAGCUGGCAGAUCCUUCGUGGCCAUGGACACCAAGCAGAUCCCCCAAAUCCUGCAGCAGAUCUUCACCUCUACCAUGCUGUCCAGUGCCUAAACACUUCUCAUCACUGUCAUCUCACACAGCAAAACCUCAUGAUUGAUUCUGCAGGUGCUGAAACUUGUCAGACUUUGGCACAUGGUGUCUUUAACCCACUUUCUGCAUCAGAUAACGUCACUUUAUUGGUCUGAGGAUGAGUUUUAAGGUGGAAAGGACUGGUCUUUGAGAGUUACAAAGGGUUAUAUUUAUGAUUUUACGGGCAGAGUGUAACGUGACAGUGCUGUGUUAGUGUGACAGACCCGUGUCCCUCGGGGAGUUGUCACAGCACAAUGUGGCCUGAAAGAAGCCUGUGAUCUAGAGCAGUGUGACUGUUUCUGCAGUGAAAUGAUACAGUCUGCGUAUUUCUAACUACAGUGGCAUUAUGAGCGCCUGGAGCCAGUCUCAGACCCCAUGUAGGGAUCAAACGCACACUCUGACCUGUUGAUGUUUUGGUGUUUUUGCCCGCUGACGCACACACAGACGUCUUCGUCCUGUUUUGGCUUGUGAGGAACUCAACUUGGAUGGGAGGGUCAUGAACUUGACUGGGCUUCUCUUAUUUGGACUUCCUGCUCAUUAAUCGCCUGUCAGAGAGAAAAAGCAUGCACACGCGCACAGGAAGAGCGACACCAGCGCACCACCUGAGCGACACUUGGAUGUGGCGAAGGCUCCUAAGGAAUGCUGGGACUGCGAGCGGGGAAUUUCCCACCUGACUGCACAUGCUCUUUAAAGGCAGCCGCUGUUGCACAACCCCCCUGCAGCCUGUUCUCCUCCAGCAUCAGUGUGAGCAUACACAGGCCUUUUCCUUCCUCACUGCAGGCCCUUGUGUUCGUCUCUCUGCUCUUCAAAAUCUUGGAUCUCCUUUCGUUGCCGGACAUCCUGCUCUUCUUAUCAAAAACGCACAAACAGCCCAGCAACCACGGAGAAACAUGUGCACGGAUGCACAUUUUAGGAGAUUUAAAAGAAACUCUGACAUCAAAUUAAAUCUUUCUCAUGUUUGAUUUAAUUUUAUGUUAAAUUGCUGCAAAACGUUUCAUACAUAUCAUCACAAAAGUAGGUUAAAAAUAAAAAAAGAAUUUCCCCUCUGAUGCACACAGAUCUUUGCGUGCACAUCAUCUGUUUUGUAUGUCCUGUAUCCUGCUGUGCACUCAGAUUAACUCUUCGUUUCUGUGCCAACUUGCAGCCACGUGUGUCCAAUCCCGUGUCGAUGUUUUGCCCCUGGUUGUAAAACUUGGUGCUCAUGCCUCACUUCAGUUGAUUGAACUGAUCAAUGAAGCAGUGUGUGAAACAAUCAGCCUCCACUGAUCGCUCUGACAGAGGGUGUCCCUGUUUAUAUUAACCCACUUCUCGCUCUGCUGCCUAGUUGACAGGAGCUUGAGUGACUCACAUUUGCCUGUUUAAACUUCACAGUUGUGUGUAUAUCAGGAUGUUAAAAUCAUAAACAUAGGAACCUCUUAAAGCUAAUGUAAUCGUACAUUAUUUUAACCUAAUGUGAGGAAAAUGCAAAAGAAAUGUACAAAAUUUUAAUAAAACCAUGUUAACGGUUUUUAUUGAAGUUUGUUCUCUUUAUAUUGAUGUAG